AUGGAUUCUUCUUCUUCCCUUCUAGAUUUUCCUCAUCUCCCUUCUGCCAGAGUUCCCCCAUCUCCUCUGCCUCAACGCAAUUGGAAUGCUAUUUUUUCUCCUAGUGUUCCCUCUUCCGACAAGCUGCACCUUUCUCACUUCCCUGAGGAACCUGAUAUUGUUCCUUUUUCUGGGGAAAAGUUGUCAACUGGAGCUGAAGACUGGAGUCGUUGUCUGGUUGGCUAUUCUAUUGGCCGGAGGCCUUAUUAUGAGGCUUUGCUUGGAGCGAUUAAAAAGACGUGGAAGCUCAAAGGUUCGUUAGAAAUGUUCUCGUUAAGUGAUGGUUUUUUCCUCUUCCGCUUUUCUUGUUCGGAAGACUUUGACACCGUCUGGACCAAAGGCAUUUGGUUUCUUCUUGGUAAACCUUUUAUCAUGCAGAAGUGGCAUCCCAAAUUUAAGCCAAAAAGAGAAAAUUUCACCUCUAUUCCAAUUUGGGUAAAGAUUCAUGACCUUCCCCUUGCAUGUUGGAACUCUGAAGGGAUUUCACGUAUCGCAAGCAAAAUUGGGAUUCCUCUAGCUGCGGACACUCUCACCACGAAGAAGACUAGGUUGACAUAUGCAAGAGUUUGUGUUCUGGUAGACUGCCAUGCAUCUUACCCUGAAGAAAUCAAAGUUUCUCUUGAUGGUGAUAUUGUUGCUCUCAAAGUUCAGUAUGAGUGGAGACCGUCUCCAUGUGCUCACUGUAAGUCUCUUGUUCACUUCUCCUCCUUCUGUCCUUCGAAGCCGCAGGAAGAGGGUGAUAAACCUAAUGGUUUUUCUAAUAAUCUACCUCCCCGAGGAAGAAGUCAUAGCAGGAAACCAAACAAUCGUUCCGUCUCUAAACCUCCUGCUGGAAACCUUGCUUCCUCUUCAUCCCCUGCUUUGGUCAUUAACUCUAGAAGUGAUCCUCCUGUCACUGAAAGUGCUCAAGGUCCUGUCUCACACUCUUCUCUUGUCCGUUCUGGUACUGGUAAUAUAAGCACUGCUGUUGAAAUGAAUGAGCUUGGUCAUGUUCUCCAUUAUCAACCUCAUUCCCCUUCUUCGAAAAACCCAAACUCUGACCAAUUUAUCUCUUCUCUUAAUGAUCUUAAGAGUAGGAUUUCGGAGGUUCAGGAGGAAGGUGUUGCUCUUAUCUCGGGACAAGCUAUACCCAACUUAAAUUCUCCAACUGCGGAUAACUCAAUUUCUACUGGGGGCAUUUCCACUUCUGUUGUGGAUUCUCAAGGUAUCAUAUCUCCAAACAGAUUUGAUCUAUUAAAAGAUAACGAGGAAGUGUCAAAACCUGAGGAUAACACCUCUUCUAUGAAUUCGGGUUGUCCUGGUCCUAAGAACAAGUCUUCUAUUAAACCACAAACUCAAGCGAAUGCUAAUGGCAAUGGGGGGAAAAAAUCGGCUAGGGGCAAGCAGUCUAAGAAGCCCCAAUCCUCCUCCUCCUCUUGA